AUGGUACAUAUAAACACGAUCGAAGAGCUCACACGCGCCGAGUCUCUGACCAAAGUACCUGACGAGGAUUCGAAGCGGGAAAGGGACCUGGAGGAGGGUUCAACUUCAGUCGAAUUCGACGACGUUGUUGAGAAUGACCCCAAUAUUGUCAACUGGGAUGGCCCUGACGAUCCGGCUAACCCCCAGAACUGGUCAAUGGGGAAGAAGACUGUUACAGUGAUAAUCGUCUCGUCUGUGACAUUCGUCACACCACUGGCUUCUUCUAUCUUCGCACCUAGUAUCGAACAAGUUAUGACCGAGUUCCACUCUACGAAUUCGCAGGUGGCAUCUUUCAUCGUCUCGGUGUACCUUCUUGGAUAUUGUUUCGGCCCGUUGGUAAUCGCUCCUCUAUCCGAGAUGUAUGGUCGACUUCCGCUCUACCACAUUUGCAAUGUCCUCUUUGUCAUUUUCAAUGUGGCUUGCGCGUUGGCCCCGAAUCUAGGUGGCCUCAUCGCUUUCCGUCUUCUUGCUGGACUUGCAGGCUCCUGCCCACUGACCAUUGGAGCUGGGUCUUUGGCCGAUAUGAUCUCCAGGGAAAGACGCGGAGCUGCUAUGUCUUCAUGGGCUCUUGGGCCUCUUUUUGGACCAGUAAUUGGACCAGUCGCUGGCGGAUACCUCUCGCAAGCCAAGAGCUGGCGAUGGUCUUUCUGGGUUGUCUCUAUUCUGGCCGGUGCAAUCACAAUAAUGGCAUUCGUGUUUAUGAGAGAGACGUACGCGUAUACUAUUCUCGAUAGGAAGACCAAGAAGCUUCGUAAGGAAACAGGAAACCCCAAACUGCGCUCUGCUCUCGCCAAAGAAAUCAGUACAGAAGAACUCUUCAGCAUGGCCAUGGUGCGGCCGACAAAGAUGCUCCUGUUUGCGCCCAUCGUUACUCUCCUAUCGCUUUACAUGGCCCUCGUUUACGGUUAUCUCUAUCUCCUCUUUACAUCCAUGCCCACCUUGUUUGUAAAAGAGUAUCAUUUCUCCAGUGGCUCUGUUGGUCUUGCUUACCUGGGACUUGGCGUGGGAUCCUUGAUAGGGCUUGUCAUUUCUGGGGCGACAUCGGAUCCCUUGGUCAAUUACUUGACCAAGAAGAACGGGGGAGAUCGUAAGCCAGAGUAUCGACUACCACUCAUGGCUGCAGCUUGUCUUAUAGUCCCAGCCGGACUAUUUAUAUUUGGAUGGACCGCCGAGAAAAGAACCCACUGGAUUGUCCCUAUCAUUGGCACCUCUUUUUUGGGGCUCGGUAUGAUCAUCGUAUUUAUGUGCAUCUCGGUUUACCUAGUUGAUGCCUACAUCGAAUACGCUGCGUCUGCUAUUGCUGCAAGUACCGUACUCCGGUCACUAUUCGGAGCACUAUUGCCCUUGGCUGGAGGAAGUAUGUACAAGAGCCUAGGUUACGGCUGGGGAACUUCGGUGCUGGGCUUUGUUGCUUCUGCUGCAAUUCCCUUGCCGCUGAUCUUCUAUAAAUAUGGAGAGAGAAUCCGAAGCCGAAAUCUAUUCGAUGUCAAGCUUUGA